AAGCGCGUGACGCAGCUGAAGCUGUUCCGUUGAUCUUCCCUCCCCCUCCGCGCGCUGUUCCGCUUCCAUCACUCGCCUCCCGAUUAUAGCUAUUUCUCCCAUCUACGAGCAGGCGACUAACAUGGAAGUUGUAAAUCAGUUGGUUGCCAAUGGGCAGUUCAGGGUGCUGAAAGUCCCAUUGGGCUUCAUCAAAGCCUUAGAAUGGGUGUUUGCCAUCUUUGCAUUCUCCACCUGUGGGAGUUACUCAGGCUCCUUUAGGAUGAGCGUGGAGUGCAAGAACAGAACAGACAGUGACCUAAAAAUAGAUGUGGAUUUUGAGUAUCCAUUCAGGCUCCAUCAAGUGUAUUUCGAUGCCCCCACCUGCAAGAAUGGCGAGAGUGAGCGUUUCUUCCUGGUUGGGGAUUACUCAUCCUCAGCAGAGUUCUUCGUCACCAUAGCCGUUUUUGCAUUCCUGUAUUCCAUGGCAGCUCUCAGCGUCUAUCUCUUUGCCUUUGAGAAGUACCGUGAGAACAAUAAAGGACCGCUGAUUGAUUUUGGCGUGACGUGUGUAUUCACCUUCAUGUGGCUGGUGAGCUCGGCAGCGUGGGCGAAGGGUUUGUCGGAUGUCAAGACAGCCACAGACCCAGAGAAGGUUCUGGAACUGAUCCCCGCCUGUGAACGGGAAGGCAACCGCUGCCGUGAAGUUCACGACCCCGUCAUGUCCGGUCUUAACACUUCUGUGGUCUUUGGCUUCCUCAACCUGAUCUUGUGGACAGGUAACCUGUGGUUUGUAUUCAAGGAGACCGGGAUCAUCGCACCAUUUAUGCGCCAACAGCCCGCCCAAGAGAAGCAGCCUGCCCCUGAUUCCUAUGGGCAGGGAGGUUAUGGGCAGCCAGACCCGUACGCCGCUUCCCAGGGAGGCUACCAGCCCGACUACAGCCAGCAAGGCUACAAUCAGGGUGGAGACUACGGUCAGGGUGGCUAUGAACAACAGGGGGCACCCACCUCUUUUUCCAACCAGAUGUGAUCAAAGAAAUAUCUGAGGAAGCGGGAGAUGGCUGAAAGAAGUUGAUCGUGUGACUAUAGCAGUGUGGUGCCUGAACCCUACCCACAACCCCACACUUCUUCACACUUCCUGUUCGUGUGUUUGUGCUUACGUCUGUGAAACAAAAAGACGGCGGGAGGGAUGGGAGGGGACGGGGCUAAUCUAAAAUCACAUACAGAGGGGAGCGGGAUAGAGCAGAUGGGUUUUAAUGUGCUGUUUAUUAUUGUCAUGUAUACAACUAAAAAAGUUCGAUCAAAUUUCAAGACACUUGAAUACUGUACCAAAAUAUGAAAAAGUAUAUGAAUCUUAAUGCUAUAUGAAUUUUGAAUUGAUGAUGUUGACAAUAGUGAUGCUAAACUUGAGAGAAUGUAUUUGUCUGUGCUGUAAAGAUAUCAUUAUAAACUAUAUAUAUAUAUAUAUAUAUAUAUAUAUAAAAUAUAAAUAUUUCCUAAAGAUAUGUAUGGGAUUAUAACACUUUAGUCUAGUGCAAUUUAGAGACCCUAAAUGAAUAUAAUAAUAACAAUAAUAAUGUGAAAAAAAAUCACAAAGCCCUACAGAUGUUGUUCCUUGUUAAUUUUUUAUUACCUCUGAUGGGUUGUGGUUUGGUACAGUUUGUUCCAUUUGUAUGUUGACCUCUUUAGUUUUGUUUGGUAUUUUGUUGUUUUUUAUUUCUUCAUGGGUGGGAUGGAGCACUAAUGUGACUGAGGUGGUGGGGGGCGUCCAGGGCCAAUGUGGGCAGAAUCAUUACCAAACUCAUGGAGGGACCACAUUAUCUCAACCAGCAAGCAAAACGGUCAAGGGUAUCCUAACGCAUUUCUCAUUUCCUGACUGAAAAUGUUGACUUUGUUAAAUUCUCUCUCUCUCUCAAAUCGUUGUAUCAUGAAAAGCACAUGCAUUCUCAGUUCAGAAUUAGCAUGGUUGUUCAUGACACAAUGCCUCUGAGUGCUGUGUUGAUGUAGUGCUGUUUAAGUUAGAGGAUGCUAAAACUAGAUAUAUAAAUAUAUAUGGAUUGGGGUUUUGUUUGUGUUGUGUGAGCACCGGACAGAGAGAAUCAAUCUUGUGUGUUGAGAUGUCAGUAAUGUAGAUAUACAUGCCAGUUUCAAUUUCAUCAAUAUUUUCCCUUUUCCCUCUCUCAAAAACAUAUACAAUAUUACAGGAUUUAAGCCUGUGAUAUUGAGGUAUAUUUUCAGAUGUACAUAUAAAAAUAUAUAUAAAGUACCUGCACAUUGUUUAACUGAUACCAUGAACUGCUGUAGUGUGAAAUUUGUAUGAUUUGCAUCAGAACAUUACCUGAAUGCCAGUUUAGAUUAUUUAUUUUCUGUGAUCAAUCAAUCACUGAAACUGCAGAUGAUCAAAAAUGUACGUGAUAGCUAGACCUCCUGGCUGGAAUCAAAGGGGACAUUUAAAUUAGUUGAGAAAUUCACAUUUAUCAUUUGAACCACGUUGAACUGGUGCAAUAAAGUCUUAAAGUUAUUGUUCUGUAUAGUAUUCAAACAGUAUAUAUCAUGUGAUGAUGCUGAGUUAAUCUAGUAAAUGCACCAGAUUCGUUUUUCCCCUGAGUUGAUAAUCAUUUUCUUUAGGGCUGAUGCAGCAGACGUUGUUAUGAUGAGAUUCUUUAUAUUAUUGCAUGAUCAGAUGCUCAUAAUGCAAGCUUACCCAGACUUAUAACUAUCUAAUAUUUUUUUAAACUCGUUCAUUUGCCUGCGAAUUUGAGGAAAACCAGGUUUUGCUUUUGGGUAGAAGGCCGUCGGCCUGCUAAAUGUAUUAGCGUGUCUCUCCCUCCCUCAUUCUCUCUAUCUCUUUAUCUCUCUUUCUCUUCCAUUCUCUGCUCUGGCCCACUCUUCUCCUCCUCCAAAUGAAUAUGCUACUCAACUUC